UAUCUAGAAGUAGUAUAAGUGUGUAAGCUGUCAGUUCUCCUCUGGAGUUCCGCUCGUUCACAUCUCUAGACUCUGUUUUCUACCGAACUCACUAAACAUGCUGUUCACUCUAUUUCUGGGAACCUGUGUUCUCUCCUGUUCUGGGUUCCUUGUUCAGAAGCAGGAGACUCUAUUGGAACAGGAGUUUCCCCUGGAACAGGUUGACGUUAGUGUAAACUACGGAGAAGGUUUGGAAGGAUUACUCCUGGACGGGUUGAGGAACGGAAGAAGCUCCGAGGUUGAGAAUAUACUAGUAUCUGAGGUUGGCUCAAUCCAGGACCGGGUUCGUGACCGGGGUUUCUAUUAUAUCGGAGAAGGUGUUCGUCUCCGAGGUACUGAUAUCGGAGCAACCAGAGCUAUCAUAGAUACUGUCAAGGAAGAAAUGGCGGAUACUAUCAAAAGAUUGGAACUGGCUAAGACGGAGAUAAAACUUCUUCUCCAGGAAAUCCCAACUACAGAGCCUGGUAUGGAGGAGACCCUACUGGAUAUUCUUCAAUCUCUCCGGAAAGUUCCAACCUACACUGAACUCAAGUACAGAGAUGCAAUCACAGAUGGAUUUGAAGCUGCUCUACGUUCUGUAUCUGAUAAUACUCUCUACAGAAAAUAAUUGUACAAUCUUAAUAUAUUUAAUAAAUUAUGAGUUAAGUAGAUA